CAAACAAGUAAAUUAUACCUUCUUAAGCGCGGCUUAAGCGUGUCGCUCCUUUCUGCUCCCCUUACUUCAUCGCGCCAUGUCGGGCGUGAAUCAGACGUCCGCAAAGGCCGCUACAACAGCCACUUUCGUCACUGCGCUUGUCUUCAAUGCUGCAGUCUUUGGGAUUGAGAUAGCCCUGUUCACAAUACUACGUCCAUACUUCAAACAAAUCUAUGAGCCACGCACACAAUUUCUGGUUGAGAAGGACCGCGUCAAACCUUUCGAAGCUGGAUUCUUAACUUGGCCUAUUACCCUAUUCAAGACAGACUAUCGUGAUGUUCAACAAGUCAAUGGACCAGACGCCUACCUUUUUGUUCGAUUCUUGCGGAUGAUGAUUCGCGUCCUUCUGCCUAUCUGGUUUAUUUCUUGGAUCGUGCUGAUGCCAGUCACCUCUGUCAAUAAUUCUGUCCCCAACAGCACUGGACUGGAUCGUUUCAUCUUUGGAAACGCUUCUGACCAGCCAGAUAGAUAUGCCGCCCACAUUAUCCUUGUAUAUCUCUUCACUUUUUGGAUUUACUGGAAUAUUAGGCGGGAAAUGAAACACUUCACCACAGUUCGUCAGCUGCACCUCGUCAAUCCUGCCCAUUCCAGAUCUGUGCAAGCAAAUACGAUUCUUGUAACCGGUAUUCCUGCUAGACAUCUUUCUGAGUCCGCACUUCGCCAGUUGUAUUCCCACCUUCCUGGUGGUGUGAAAAAGGUGUGGCUCAAUCGGGAUCUGAAGGAGCUUCCCUCUAUCUACGAUCGUCGCCUGGCUGCUUGCGGAAAACUGGAGUCUGCAGAGACAUCACUCCUUUCAACGGCCGCUAAAAUUCGACGAAAGGCAUUAAAGGAGGCCAACGGCGCUGGCGAUCCAUCCCCUCCAGUUGAUCCCGAGCGCAAUGUGACUUUAGCGGAGCGUCUGGUUCCUCGGGAUCAGCGGCCUUCGCACCGUCUUCCAGCCGGUUUUAUGCCUUUCUCACUCCCUCUCAUCGGCGAAAAGGUCGACACGAUUGAUUGGUGCAGGCAAGAGAUUGCUGCUUCUACAGGAUUGUUGACCAAAGGCCGCCAAACUCUCGCCGAUCAAGACCUUUCGCUGCCAGAGGAUGCUAACGGAGAUGGAAAGGUGGACAAAAAUGACCGCGCCAAGCAGACUUACCCACCUCUCAGUUCCGCAUUCAUCACUUUCAACCAACAGAUCGCUGCUCACCUUGCUGCUAACGCCUUAACUCACCAUGAACCAUACUGCAUGGCCGACCGAUACCUCGAAGUGUCUCCACCUGAUGUGAUCUGGGGUAACCUCGGGCUCAACCCGUAUGAAAAGCGCAUUCGAGUGGUUAUUAGCUAUAGCGCCACCGCAGCCCUAAUCAUUUUCUGGGCUAUUCCCGUCGCCUUUGUCGGCAUCAUAUCCAACAUUGAAGGCCUUUGUGUUCGCGAAUCGUGGCUCGCUUGGUUAUGCAAGUUGCCAAGCCCUGUCAUUGGAAUCAUACAGGGUAUUCUACCCCCUGUGUUACUCGCCGUCCUCAUGAUGCUCUUGCCAAUUAUCCUUCGUCUCUUUGGGCGCUUCGAAGGUAUUCCGACGCGCACAGGUCUCGAACUGAGCUUGAUGACACGGUACUUCAUUUUCCAAGUAAUCCAUUCGUUCUUGAUCGUCACUCUGGCUUCGGGCGUCUUUGCGGCUCUCCCAUCAAUACUAGCAAACCCCAGUUCGAUAGCUGGCCUCCUGGCUCAAUAUCUGCCUCAAGCGUCGACUUUCUUCCUGACAUACAUUCUUCUUCAGGGUUUAACCGGCGUAGCUGGAGGAUUUUUGAAUAUUGUUGCGCUCGCCCUUUACUACGUCAAGCUGUUUCUCCUUGGCAGCACGCCACGCUCUAUCUAUAACAUCAAAUAUGGACAGGCAACUGUUGCUUGGGGCACGUUAUUCCCGUCUAUCACUCUACUCGUCGUCAUCACGUUUGCCUACUCCAUUAUCUCGCCUGUGAUCAAUGGCCUUGCAUGCGCUACAUUUUUCCUUUUCUACCUCCUCUACAAGUACCUAUUCCUUUACAAGUACACGCAGCCGCCUUCGGCUGACACAGGAGGCUUGUUCUUCCCAAAGGCGAUUCAACACGUGUUCGUUGGGAUGUAUGUUCAGCAGCUCUGUCUCUGUGCCUUGUUCUUCCUCGUGCAGGACCCGGACGGAAAGCGAGGCGCGCUCCCAGAGGGCGUGCUCAUGGUCGUGUUGAUCAUUCUUACUGUCGGCUACCACGCCAUCAUUAACAGCUCCUUUGGUCCACUGACCAAGGCUUUUCCACUCAGUCUCGCGCACAAGACAUUCAGGCAUCCGGAGCCUUCUCUGGAUAUACAGGACGUCGAUGGCGGGUCAGGCUCAAAGCGCAAGGAGAUGGCCGAGGAGGAGAUCGAAGAGGGACGAUCGCCGACUGACGAGCCUCGUGCCUCGUCCUCUGAGUCAGGUGCCGAACAUGCUCCACAUAGCGACUAUGACGAUGUGUUCUUUGAGCGCGGGCCAGACGGCUCAGAGGAUUAUGGAUUUGCGCAACCGGCGGCGUGCCUCCCACAGCGCAUCGUAUGGAUUCCCGACGAUUCGCUCAGUUUGGGCCGUGAGGAGGUCCAGACGAACAAGGAGUCGGGCGUUAAGGCGACCACCCAGAACGCGACAAUGGAUGAGCACGGGAAUGUGGACGUGACAAGUCCCCCUGUCGACCUUGCAAAGUUCUGAGAGAUGUUUUGAAGUAAUUGAGUUUUUUUUUCUGGUACAUUUCUUGCCCGCCUCUUGUCAAAUGUGGUAUCCAUUUUCCAUUCUUCUUCCUAUGUUACACAUUGCACUUCACACUGGUCAUGCGAUAAAUAUUUACGAUAUUCACGUUGUCACAUCUGAUUCUUCAUUCAAUCAUGUCAACCAUUAUCAGUUUCAUCUAGCCUGAAUACCCCUUGUCCCAGUACAUGAUCCUGUUACGCACUUACGAUCGCCAUUCUGUAAUUCAGUACUUACUUGAGUUCACUGUGAAUCUGUAGUCUGAAUCGUUGAAACUAUCAACAUGUA